AUGAGCCGAAUAGCUACGCCCUCCAUGCGCGCCUUCCAGCCCGUCUUUCGCCCGCUUGGACUGCGCCCGGCGCCCGCCCUCUCAGCGCUGGGCCGCCUUCCGCUCGUCACAGCUCAGCACGCGGCAACAAGCCAGACCACCCCGUUCUCUACAACAGCCGUCCUGCAGAAGAGAGGCAAGGGUCCGAAGAAGGAUGCGAGAAUAGUCCAAAUCCGCUACCAUCUCUUUCACCCGCGGACGCCCCGUCCACUCCGCUUCUCCCGCCUUCGCGCCUUGAGGCAUUGGACCAUCCACCGCGCCUGGAUGUUGUUCAAGAGGAACCAACGUCGCGAACAGGAACUCGAGCUUGAACGACAGUACAACUCAAUGCGGAAUGCGUGUGAGGAGUUGAGGUUGAUGGAUGACAAUGGCAUGCCCGGCCCGGAGACGGCGAAGAAUGUCGGUCGCCUGUAUAGGACCGCUAUGAUGAAGACCGGGAUCUGGGACGGCGUCCCCAUUGAGUACGCGAGAUUACAGGUUGAUACACCCUCGAAGGAUGGCUGGAACCACGAGUGGAAACGGUAG